AUAUAGGCGAGUAAGAAACGGACAACAAAAUGAAGCGCGUGAAACUAUUCAUACGAAGUGUGCUCGUGAGUGGCACGUGACAUGGCACAAUACAGAGAGGUUUGAAAGAACCACAGUCGCCUUUCACUAACCACCCGAUUCAAUAUCAGCUUGCCCAUUAAAUUCUCGCUUUCUAUAAACCCUAGCUUUUAUUCUCAUUCAAUCGGAUUUCUCUAUCUGUUCCGAUGUCGACAGCCGCGGCGUCAUCGAUCGGAGCUGCAAACACAUCGCUGGUGAAGGAUGCUAACCUUCAAUUGAAAACUUUUAAUGGAUUCAGGAAAAACACGAGCUACUCGUCUACUUAUUCGCUUCUGUUGGACACACGCAUACAUCCAUUCACAUCCAUAUCUUCCUCCACUUCUCCUGCCGUCAUCAGAGCUGUUUCAACGCCAGUGAAGCAGGAAACUGCAGUUGAGACUAAGAGAAGCAAGGUUGAAAUAUUCAAGGAACAAAGCAACUUCAUUCGAUACCCUCUCAAUGAAGAGUUGUUAACUGAUGCACCUAACAUAAACGAGGCUGCUACUCAACUAAUCAAGUUCCAUGGAAGCUACCAACAAUAUAACAGAGAUGAAAGAGGUGCGAAAUCAUAUUCAUUCAUGCUUCGUACAAAGAACCCAUGUGGAAAAGUUUCCAAUCAACUCUACCUUGCAAUGGAUGAUCUUGCUGAUCAAUUUGGAAUUGGAACUCUUCGGUUAACAACCCGACAAACAUUUCAACUCCAUGGAGUCAUAAAGAAGGACCUCAAAACAGUAAUGAGCACAAUCAUCAAAAACAUGGGAUCAACACUUGGUGCAUGUGGUGAUCUCAAUAGAAAUGUUCUUGCUCCUGCUGCCCCUUUUGUGAGGAAAGAUUACCUUUUUGCCCAACAAACAGCAGACAACAUUGCUGCUCUUUUAACCCCACAAUCUGGAUUUUAUUAUGACAUGUGGGUAGAUGGGGAACAGUUUAUGACUGCAGAACCUCCUGAAGUUGUGAAAGCUCGCAAUGACAACUCUCAUGGGACAAAUUUUCCUGAUUCUGCUGAACCUAUUUAUGGAACUCAGUUCUUGCCAAGAAAAUUCAAAGUUGCAGUCACUGUGCCUACAGAUAACUCGGUUGAUCUUUUGACAAAUGACAUUGGUGUUGUGGUUGUUACUGAUGAUAAUGGAGAACCCCAGGGUUUCAAUCUAUACGUUGGUGGUGGGAUGGGAAGAACACAUAGGAUGGAAUCCACUUUCCCUCGCUUAGCAGAGCCAUUGGGUUAUGUCCCUAAAGAGGAUAUCUUGUAUGCAGUGAAAGCCAUUGUUGUUACACAAAGAGAAAAUGGAAGAAGAGAUGACCGAAGAUACAGUAGAAUGAAAUACCUGAUAGAUUCAUGGGGAAUCGAUAAGUUUAGAUCAGUUGUUGAAGAGUACUAUGGAAAGAAGUUUGAACCACCAAAGGAGUUACCCGAAUGGGAAUUCAAAAGCCACCUUGGAUGGAAUGAACAGGGUGAUGGGCGUUUAUUUUGUGGGCUCCAUGUUGAUAGUGGAAGGGUUAAGGGGAUAAUGAAGAAGACAUUAAGGGAAAUAAUUGAGAAGUAUAACUUGAAUGUAAGGAUCACACCAAACCAAAACAUUGUCCUUUGUGAUAUUCGCCCUUCUUGGAAACGCCCUAUCACUGUAGCUUUAGCACAAGGUGGUCUUUUGCCUCCUACUUAUGUGGAUCCCCUUAACAUAACUGCAAUGGCAUGCCCUGCUCUUCCUCUUUGUCCUCUUGCAAUCACUGAAGCUGAACGAGGAAUUCCUGAUCUUCUUAAACGAGUUCGAGCUGUAUUUGAGAAGGUUGGUCUUCCGUAUAAUGAAUCAAUAGUAGUGAGAGUUACUGGUUGCCCUAAUGGCUGUGCUCGACCCUACAUGGCUGAACUUGGAUUAGUUGGUGAUGGUCCUAAUAGCUAUCAGCUAUGGCUUGGGGGAACACCAGGUCAAACUGCAUUAGCCAAAACAUUCAUGAACAAGGUUAAGAUCCAAGACCUUGAGAAAGUCUUUGAACCCUUGUUCCACAGCUGGAAAUCAAAGAGGAAAUCUAAAGAAUCAUUUGGCGACUUCACAAAUCGCGUCGGAUUUGAGAAACUUCAAGAAAUAGUGGACAAAUGGGAAGGUGUACCAAAAUCAUCAUCGCGAUACUACUUAAAGCUUUUCACCGAUAAGGAAACAUUUGAAGCUGUGGAUGCACUUGCAAGGGUUGAGAACAAGAGUGCUCAUCAAUUGGCAAUGGAAGUCAUCCGUAAUUUUGCUGCUUCACAGCAAAAUGGCAAAAGCCAGUGUUGA